AUGGACUGGGAUGAUCCCAUGCUCCGCGACCUGGCCCAGCUGGGUCCCGCAUCCGUCCCCGGCAGAGCCCGGGACGGCCCGGGGCCGCUGAACCCGGUGGCCGUGAUCCGUGCGCUGCGCGCGCAGCGGGAUCCGCGGGAGGCGCAGCCGGCGCCGGAGGAGAGGACUCGCUUUCUGCGGUCGACGCGGUCCGCAAAGCUCGAACGGCGCUUUCCCGAAGAAGCCGUGAUCUGGCAGGAGUUGAGUCCCGUCUCCAAAGCCCAGCGAGGAGAAAACACGCGCGGCGUUUCUUCGGAAGCGGGACGGAGACCCCCGUCCGCCUCAGCAUCACUGAGCAGACAGGACAAGUCGCCCCAAAGCAGAGACUGGGAGACAGUUCCGCCAAAGCUCCCGGUGAACUGGGACUCGACAGGACGUCGCUACGCAAGUCACAACGACCUCAUCAGUGAGCCACUGCUGGGAGAGAUGUUGUUGGAUGCCGCAGCCAAAGGUGAUGUGCUGCAAGUCCGAGGCAUACUUGAUCAAGCAGAGCUGGACCAGCAAAAUGUCGCCUCCGUUCUGGCGUCUCGAGACUUUGACGAUCGCACGCCUCUGCACUGGGCAGCACGGCAGGGGCAUUUGGAGGUCUGUGAUUUGCUCCUCCGCAAGAAAGCGGAUGCCCUUAGCACGUCAGGUCCCCCCCUGGCCACCCCGCUGAUGCUGGCGAGCCUCCACGGGCACGCUGGCGUGGUGCGGCGGCUGCUGGGCACCUCGUCGGCUUCAAAACAGGUGCAGAGCUGCGAUGCCAAAGGAAGGAAUGCUCUCCAUUUGGCUUGUUGUAGCAAGUCGCAAGUCUUGCAGCUCUUGCUGCACGUGCAACCUGAGCUUCUACAUUCUCAGGACAAGCUGGGUCGCAAUCCUCUGUACUAUGCUUUGGGCAAUCCCGUACCAGAGGAGCAGUGGGAGAUCUUGAAUACCUUGUUGCUGGGGAAGUGUUGUGCACACCAGGUGGAUUAUUUGGAUCGAAGUCCACUUUGGUAUGCUGUACAUGCAGGUGCUGUCAACUCUACAGCCUUGAUGUUGCGCCUAUCACCUGACAGGCCGCCUGAAGUUGCUACGAGCUCAAAGACACGGCACGAUUUAGAAAGACCAAAGCCUGAAAGCCAACCGAAGCCUGAAGAGUCCAAGGCGGAGGAAAAGAAGGAUAAGCCCAAGCCUGAUGCCAAGCCUGAAGAGUCCAAGGCGGAGGAAAAGAAGGAUGAGCCCAAGCCUGAUGCCAAGCCUGAAGAGCCCAAGGCGGAGGAAAAGAAGGAUGAACCCAAGCCUGAUGCCAAGCCUGAAGAGCCCAAGGCGGAGGAAAAGAAGGAUGAGCCCAAGCCUGAUGCCAAGCCUGAAGAGCCCAAGGCGGAGGAAAAAAAGGAUGAGCCCAAGCCUGAUGCCAAGCCUGAAGAGCCAAAGGCGGAGGAAAAGAAGGAUGAGCCCAAGCCUGAUGCCAAGCCUGAAGAGCCCAAGGCGGAGGAAAAGAAGGAUGAGCCCAAGCCUGAUGCCAAGCCUGAAGAGCCCAAGGCGGAGGAAAAGAAGGAUGAGCCCAAGCCUGAUGCCAAGCCUGAAGAGCCCAAGGCCGAGGAAAAGAAGGAUGAGCCCAAGCCUGAUGCCAAGCCUGAAGAGCCCAAGGCGGAGGAAAAGAAGGAUGAGCCCAAGCCUGAUGCCAAGCCUGAAGAGCCCAAGGCGGAGGAAAAGAAGGAUGAGCCCAAGCCUGAUGCCAAGCCUGAAGAGCCCAAGGCGGAGGAAAAGAAGGAUGAGCCCAAGCCUGAUGCCAAGCCUGAAGAGCCCAAGGCGGAGGAAAAGAAGGAUGAGCCCAAGCCUGAUGCCAAGCCUGAAGAGCCCAAGGCGGAGGAAAAGAAGGAUGAGCCCAAGCCUGAUGCCAAGCCUGAAGAGCCCAAGGCGGAGGAAAAGAAGGAUGAGCCCAAGCCUGAUGCCAAGCCUGAAGAGCCCAAGGCGGAGGAAAAGAAGGAUGAGCCCAAGCCUGAUGCCAAGCCUGAAGAGCCCAAGGCGGAGGAAAAGAAGGAUGAGCCCAAGCCUGAUGCCAAGCCUGAAGAGCCCAAGGCGGAGGAAAAGAAGGAUGAGCCCAAGCCUGAUGCCAAGCCUGAAGAGCCAAAGGCGGAGGAAAAGAAGGAUGAGCCCAAGGAUGCCAACCCAAAUGCCAAGCCUGAAGAGCCCAAGGCGGAGGAAGGAAAGCCCAAGCCUGAUGAGCCAAGCCAAGUGAAGAGCCAAGCAAGUGAAGAGCCCAAGGCGGAGGAAAAGAAGGAUGAGCCCAAGCCUGAUGCCAAGCCUGAAGAGCCCAAGGCGGAGGAAAAGAAGGAUGAGCCCAAGCCUGAUGCCAAGCCUGAGGAGCCAAAGACGGUUCCUGCUCUACCAAAUGUGCCACAUGUGCUUGCACUGGAAACGCCAAGAAGCUAUGUGGACCCCGUGCCGGUGCUCAAAACAGUGACGGAAUCUGGCAGCGCUGAAGCCACAGCAGUGGCAAAGGAAUUGCAGGAGUUGCUAGAGCAGCACAAGUAUCUCAAUCCACAGACAGCCCAUGUUCGACAUCCCUUGCACGGUUGGGUGAGUCGCUGCUCACAACUCUUGGCCGAUUCCAAAGUAGCGGAAGCCAAGGUUUGUUUAGCUCGUGUGACCACGGGUUUGAACACCGACAUGACGCGGAUCUCAACGGCCUUCAGACGUUUUGAUAUGGACGAAUCCAAACAUCUAGAUGAAACCGAGAUCAUGCGCCUGGCUGCCUACCUGGGUGUUGAUGUCAACCCCAAAGAUUUAGAUCACAACACUGACGGUGAAAUCAGUCUGUCGGAGUUUCAAGACUUUGUUGGCCGCAUGGGUGGGGUCGCUCGCAUCAAAAUCCUCAAGUUCCGGGGAGUGAUGGCUGUGCCACCAGAGAUCCAGCAGCUCUUUGAGCAACGCCGCCGGCGUGUGGCGGAGACGCGGCGCGACACGUUGAGCAUGGCGGGGGUGGCCAUUGGGGCGCGCGUGCUGGCGCAUUUCUAUGCAGGCGUGAAGCCAGAUCGCUACAAGUCACCGGAGCCCGAAGAAGCGGUGGUCUUGGGGGUUCAGUACAAGGAUGAUGAUAUGGCGGGCCCUUCUCAGCUGGAAGUGGAGUUAGAGUUCUUGCGAGAUCCGACGACAUUGGAGAGGACCAAAAAAGCCACCUGCGUCCCUUCGCAUUGGAUCGUCAGCACCUCGGAAGAUGCUGAAGUGGCGGCUGCACUGCGCGAGGUUGGUAUCCACGACGAAGACCAACCCUUUUGGGAUGCCGUCUUUCCGGCCUCCGAGACGCGAGAGGUCGUCCGGUUGACCACCUGUCAACGUCGCGCCCUGGCGUUGGUGCGCGCACAGGCGACGUAUCUUCACCAGGCUGCCUAUCCCAGAGUCUUGGAGCGAUUUCAGAAGAUGGGUUACACCGACAAGGAACUCCAGGCCGUCUUGAGCUGGGUUCAAGACCUGGCACCCGUCAUCAUCCACGUGCAGCUGGACACAGUGGGUCGAUUCCUCGAGUCCGAUGAAUUCUACAGGAGUCAGUUCGAGACGAAGACCUCCAAUGGUGCAUUGGACGAUGGAAACAACAUUCGCAUCGGAUGGGAAGAAGAUCUCUUUGGUGAUGCCUAUCAUGAUGCAACACCCUUUGAGCGCUGCAAGUACGGAGCUUUGAAUGUGACCAAUGACUUCGAGGGCUGCAGGUCAGCGCUUCAGUAUGGAGACAGUUACCUGGUGCUGAAGGAUGUGCGUUUGCGGUGUAGCUUUGCAGCCACGGAUUCUGGUGGGAUCGAAGGCUCGAGGUUGGCCGUCCUGGACAAAUAUGCACAUGUCCUGGAGGAAUACCACGAGCACGAAAUCCAGGGCAUUUUGGACGUGGCCAUGGCUCCGGAGCCUCGAGCCGCGGAGGAGUUGCCAAAGCUCAUGCGAGGAAGUACAGAGAAUUCCAUCAGAGAAUGGCUCACCUUUGGCUUCCCCCAACUGAAACGGAAGGAAGGUUGCUUCUUUUUCGAGGUGGAGCUGAAGGAGGGCUGCAUUCUGCCGCACGUUGGACUUGCAGGUGAUCAAUUCAUGUGGACGGUGGGAGUGAAGAGUGUCACUGGUAUCGGUGGCAUUGGCGACGAUGAAUACAGCUGUGGCGUCGAUGGUCUGCACGGCGCGUGUCUCAAAAAUGGCCCGGUGAGCUCGUGGAACGUCAGCUGGCCCAAGGGUUCGGUUGAGCGAGUCCACUUCGACUGUGACAAUUAUGAAAGGGAACAAUCCGAAAUUCUGGGCAAGACUGUGCUGGUGGGUGUUUUAGUAGACUUGGACCAUGGCACUGUGACCUUUGCAUCAGAUGGUGCCUGGGGAAGUACCUGGAACCCACACAUCACACAGGAGGAUAUGCCCUGCGACCUGGCUGGCAAGUCACACCAGGGCGGAUCUGGCUACCAUGAGGGACUCUUCCCAGCUAUUUCCAUCAAAGGUUCCGCGAGCUUUCACUUCGGUCCUGACUUUAAGCCCCCACCGCCGAAGAGCUUUUGCGACUUCACCCCUUGGGCCAAGUUGGGAGAAGUUCGUGUGGACAACCCAGCGGUAGGAUGCUCAGACGUGUUGAACAUCUACAAGGAGGCGCAGAUCCACGGAGAGGUGUGCCUCAAGAAACAUGUCCUGCGCUUGGUGGCCAAUAAACGCUACCGCCAGCAGACGCGAAGUUGGAGCAUCCAGGUCACAGGCGCGGGUCGCUGCAAUGGCACCUACCAGUGGUUCGAUCGUUUCAACAAGCGUUCCUGCUACAAGUCUCCCUCUGGGUGUAUCAUCUACUACAACCAGCAGGAGUCAUGCUGGCGCAUCAACUCCCGACAGGAGUUCACUGGCUUCGUUUUUCAAGCCAAAAGCAAGGAAACUUCCCGCUAUGUGAGCAACAUGGGUGGACACAGUGAACCACCUCGCACCGGCUGGAAACCCACCCUGGGUUUGAAAGGCUGCGUGCCAGUCGAGAUCUUCCAAAAAGCCUUGGUGCAACAAGGAGUUCCAACAGAGGACCUAGAACAUAUGAUCAAGGUCUUGCGUGGAAGCGACGAAGAGAAGGAUUCCAUUUUUCGGAAGCUGGGAGAAACGACCUUCAAAGCUGAGUGGCAUCGCCUCGUUUGGCCACCACAUGCGCGACCUUUGAGCGCCGCUGGAGCCUGGGCGGAGGUGGUAAGGCUGGCGCAAAGCGACAUCUUGACCAAGCUGGGCUUGUCUACCAGCACCGCAGUGGUGGUCUCUCCCCAAGGGGAGCCCGAUGGAACCUGGGAAUGUCUGGUAUCUUUGGGGCCCAGAGAGGAGUCAGACAGCACUGGUGUGGCUUUCCACGUCAUCAAUUUGCGAGGUGGUGACGCCGAAGAGUUGGGACUCUCCAGCCCAAGCAUCGCCUGGCGCCACGCUGGUCCUGGCGCCAAAGCCGCUGCGGCCAUUCCCCUGCAGGGCGUGCGCGGUUGGCUGGGCACAGAUGAUCCAAUUCCUGGGAUCGUGGUGGAGAGGGGUCCUGGCACCCUGCGACGACUGCAACUGGAUGCGGAUGCCUUACUCAGGCCCGGAACGGUCCGGAACGGCCCGGAACGUUGGAGCCACCUCACCAUGCCGCCUGUACCGUUCCCAUGGCGCUGCCUGGCCCUUCUGAACUUCGCCGUUGUCAGCGCGGCGCCGGCCGUGUCGUUGCAGGAUCCGGCCGGGCAGGAGUUGAUCUUGCUGAGUCUGGCCAUCAAUGCGGCCAUGAUGGGGCCCUUUGCCCUGGUGGAAAAUGAGCCACCUGUCACCAUUGAUGCAGGUCGCUUUUCCUUCGUGUUACCCAUGGACUCUGGAUCUGCUGCCAUGCCCAGCCGUUUGGCCAUGGAGAUUCAGGGCAAGCUGAUGGAAGGCGAGGUGGUGAAUCGAUCGAAGGCACAGCGCGUCUAUCGCGAGAUUCUGCAUGAGGCACGCGAUCCCGCGUUGUUGGAGCAGAGCGCCGGGAACCUCUUUACGGCACGGGUCUUUCCUAUUGAGCCGCACGCAGUGGUGAGACUCAUCUUGUCCUAUGCCAUCACGCUUCCAAUGCGCGAGCUGCAUCGAAGGCUGCUGAUCCCCCUGGCUGGGCUUCCUGAGAUCCACAACUUUACCUUCUCUGCGAGCGUCCAAAGUUUAAGCGGCGGCUUUAGCGCCAACUGCUCUCUGCCAACGGAUGGCACUAACAUGCCUGGGCUCAUGUGGGAGAAUGGUGCAUUGGGUUUUUCCACCUCAGAGACACAUCUGGUUCCCAGCAGCGACAUUCAACUGGAUGUUUGGGAACCAAUGGCUUUCACGCGCACGUUCUCUGUGGAUGGAGGGCAACUGGUCUCCAGUUUCGUUCUUGACAGCAACUCUAGCUCGAGUCAGGCGUUCUCACCUGAAACCUGGAUCAUUUAUAUUGAUACCUCCGCAUCUACAGCGGAUUCAUUUUUGGUCAGAAUUCCCGUCAUCGAAGCCUUACUGCAGCAGGUGCCUUUGAGCACCCAUGGCGUGAAGGUUUUGGCCUUCGACAUCGAAGUGACCGAAGUGAUGGAAAUUUCUGGCGCCAGUGCUGAAGAGUUUUCGCUCCUGGCUUCCAGCGUCAGCGCGCAGUUGCGGCAGCGCUUGCCGCUGGGUGCCUCGGAUUUCGAGAAGCUGCUGCGGGAUGUGGAGACUCGGGUGCCAGCCGCUGGCCAGGAGUUGGGCGUUCUGAUCCUGAGCGAUUGCAUCGCAACUGCCAAUGAAAGGGCAGAAAAGCGCCUGCAGCAACUGCUGACGCCCGGCCUUGGGCGCGUCGUGGAAGUGGCGGUGAUCGGCAGCAAAUUCGACAGCCCAUUGGGAUCGGCCAUCGCGUCCGCGGGAGCUGGGCGUAUUGUGAACAUCCCCUUAACCUCCAAGGAUCUCAGCUCAGUGGCUGCCCAAGCUUGGUUGGACUUGACGAAACCAAUGGGUCAGCGCGGGGAGUUGGUGCCAGGGGGAGGUAAUGCCUGGAUAUGGCCCCAGGCGGCCUUCGAUUUGCAUGACGGGGAUGAGCUGGUGGUUUUCAGUGGAGGAGAAGGUUUGACGCUCGCAGCCCCUGAACUUCAACUGGCAUCUGGGAGAAUGACUGCAACAACCGUUCAAGCUGCAGGCGCUGCAUUCAGUUCUCUUCUUUCGCGCGAGGCGUCACGUGCGCGCUUAGAGUUGCUGGAAGCUCAACGGCAACUGGCCAAUUCCGCGGCGGCGAAGGACAUCGAGUUUGAACUGGUGCGCCUUUCCGAGCAAUCUCGGGUGAUGACGCCGCACACAGCUUUGUUGGUCCUGGAGACGGAUGAGGACUACGUCCGUUUUGGGAUUCCACAGGAUCGCCUGUCGCCCAUCUUGACCGUGAGCUCCACGGGGGUGCAGCUGACCGAACGGCAGAAUCUGAAGCUGGGGCCAUUGCCCACACCUUUGAGCAGCCAAGAAUUGGAAGGUUUGAUUCCGGAUUACAAUGCCAGCAACAGCACCGAAUCCUGUGAAGUUGGCCAAAGUGAAUGUAAUCUUCGGGUGGAGGACCCAGAUCUCAUGUUGCAACGUGUGGAUUCGAGCAGCCCCGAUAUGGGAACAUCUGGAGCCCAGAAGGCCUUUUCUGUGACCUGGUUGCUGCUGCUCCUGCUAUGUUGGUUGGAUGGAAUCUGUGCCCAAUGGGCCGAUUUGGAGACCGAUGCUGAUGCCAUCAUCGCGAAACACGGUCCCCGGGGGCCCACGGAGAGGCUGCGCGAGGUCGCCGGGAAGUAUGCAGCAGCACUGUGGAGCAAACGGCAAGGAGAGAAGCUGAGAAGCUAUUGCGCUAGCUGGAUCACCUGGGAUCCGACCAACGACUUGGCCUUCGAGUAUCUCAGUAAGGCUGCGCAGCUCCUGGGCGAGGCAACGCUCUCGCUACGCGCCGCCACGUCCAUCGCCGAGGUGGCGCCGCGCAGCUCGGAGCAGCUGCUGCGCGGCGCCUGGCUGACGCUGGUGCUGGGCACCGAGGCCACACCGUGGGCGGUGCGGUUCGCCACGAGGUCCCUGGAGGAACGGGAGGACAACGUGAACACAUAUCGUGCCCUGGCCGCGGCGUACUGGAAGUCCGAGGAUUUUCUGUCUGCAGGCAAAACCUAUGCCCGCGCUUUGAACACUGAAUUUCAUCCACGUUAUGGUGAUGUGAAGAGAAUCAUCCGAGAAGAAGCUGCACUGUUACUGCGGAGUAUUCAAGAUUCCUCUCCCAAGGUCUUCCAGGAUCUAACAACCAAUGAGCUGAAAUCAGUGUCACCCAGCGAGGGUGAAAGCAUCACAUUGUGGAUCUCUAUGUCUUGGCUCACAGAUGCCAAUGAUGUGGAUUUGCACGUCAUAGACCCAGAUGGAGAGGAGUGUUUCUAUGGCCACAAAUCCACGAAGCUGGGCCUUAGUUACUACAGUGAUCAAACGCAAGGCCUGGGCCCCGAAGUGGUUUCGGUCGCCCGUGACGCGCGGCCGGGACGCUACCGCAUCGGGGUGAAGUACUUCAGCUCCGGCGCCAUGGGCGCCUCCAGGGGCACCGUGUUGGUGCGGCAGAUGGUGGCUGGAAAGCCGCUGGGAGAUCCCAUCAUCGAAGUCUUUACUCUGCCGGCGGACUAUUCAUCGGUGCUACCUAUCAUUGAGGUCACGGUGAAGUAGCGGUAAAGCUACAAAAAAA